CCCUGGCGGGGAGAGGUUUCGGUUUGGAGUGCUGAUGCACUGUAACUCAGUCUUGUAACUGGGAAACGCCAAACGAUCAACACACGAAAACGUUUACAUAUCCGAAUAUUCAAAUUCCAGAACAUGUUUUCGAAAGUAGAAAACGCCAGUAUCGGACGUACAUUAAGGACAGUAUAGUAAGCAAAGAGUGAAAUAAUCCGACUAUUCGGAUCGACGUAAGCAAUUUGAAAGUUUUGUAACCACACGUAAGUAAGCCGCGUGACUCGAUUACAGGAAGAUUUUUAGGUUUUUAUGUUUAUUUUGUGUUUACUACCUGGUACAUGGUUGUGAAGUGAAACCUCAUGUGUUUUAAGCAGAGUAAUUUAGUUUUUGAUAAUUGUAAUGAAUUUAAGAGAAAAUGCGUCCACGAUUUACGUACGCCGACCAUAUGCAGAAAGUGUGAUUAUUCCGGUUAACCGAAUUGUACGUAUAAUGUGAAAAUAUAAUCCGUCCAUUACUUCCAUAACGUAAUUUAUUGACCAACGUACGUGAUCAGUGAAUAUGUACGUGAAAUCACUUCGACAAAUGUCUCGUAAUACGUAAUUACAAGAAUCCAUCUUGCCACUUAAGUUAUUUGUUCAUUUCGUGUAUCAACACGUAUAUCCAUUCUGUUGCUGGAGAUUUACUUCAGUUAAGACAUACAACUUAUUUUUGUUUGUGGAGAGUUGUGAUAUCUUUAUGUAAAUAAACACUGAUUCGUCGUAUUAUAGUGCAUUGCAGAUCUAUUGAAACUUACUGAACUAGAAUUUUACUGUGAAACGAAAUUUAUUUUCAACGCUGAAGUGUAGCAGAAUAACUGUGACAGAAAGAUAUGAUGUGUCGGUAGUGUUUUAUCUGAGUAGUGUUCCUUAGCAACAAAACAACAAUUAUGAUGGAAGCACCGUAUCUCUGUGUGUUGUACGUGGCUACCGCUGGUCAGCAAGGGCCCGGUUUGGGCGCCGAUGAAGAGGAGAUUGUCUUAUUGGUCUACAUACUCAUCGACAUGGGGCAAAACAAGGUGGUGGGGCUACAACAGUGUCUGGUGAAGCCCAGAGUGGCUGAUGUCAACGAGAACAUUCUGUCGGAGCAGGUGCUGACCGAGAGCGCUCUUACUGAAGACCUCAUCAAGAACGGCGUGCCCCUCGAAACCGCCAUCCAGCAGUUCGAACACUACGCCCGUCAGACGUUUCACAUCGGUCCCUCAACGCACUCGCUGCGGUUUGUCACAGACGGACAAUUACCACUUCGACAGUGUCUCCACCCGGAGACGUGCUCCAAAAAUCUGGAUCUGCCCGGAUACUACUCUUAUUUUCACGAUCUUCGGAAAGAGUUUCGAGCCUUUUACAGUAUGCCUGAAGAGCCCCAGUGCAUCAGAGACAUGGUAACAUACUUGGGCAUGUCGCCCGACACAGAAUCUGAAUUCUACGUGAAGGAGAUCAAGGACAUGGUGAACAUCGUGCAGAGGCUUCUAGCAGACGGCCAUAAGUUUGACAAUCCAGAGACUGUGAACCUCAGGCUGGAGCCCGGAAUAUGCUCAAAGAAUGAGGAGGUAGACAACAGUUGUGUUGUUCGUGCAAGAGGUCUUCCGUGGCAAUCCUCAGAUCAAGAUAUUGCCAAGUUUUUUCGUGGCCUGAAUGUUGCAAAGGGUGGAGUAGCUUUGUGUUUGAGCCCCCAGGGUCGCCGAAACGGUGAAGCUCUUGUCCGAUUCAUCAACCAGGAACACCGCGAUAUGGCUCUUAAGAGGCAUAAGCACCAUAUUGGUAAUCGCUACAUCGAAGUUUACAAGGCAUCUGGUGAAGACUUCAUAAAUGUGGCAGGAGGUAGCAAUAAUGAAGCCCAUGCUUUUCUGUCUAGAGGAGGACAGGUUAUUGUCAGGAUGCGUGGACUACCAUAUGACUGCACAGCGAAGCAAGUCCUGGACUUUUUUGAGGCAGGUGAAAAUUCCUGUCAGGUGAUGGAUGGUGAAAAAGGGGUACUAUUUGUAAAGAAGCCUGAUGGCCGAGCGACAGGUGAUGCAUUCGUUCUCUUUAAUCAGGAGGAGGAUGCAGGCAAAGCUCUUAGCAAGCAUCGUGAACUCAUUGGCUCUCGCUACAUUGAACUCUUUCGCAGCACGACAGCUGAGGUCCAACAGGUUCUAAAUCGGUCAAUGGACCCAAAAACUUAUGAACCACAAAUGCCACUGAUAGCACAAGUACCCCAAGUGCCACUGUUGCCACAACAUAUAAUCACUUCAGGGACAAGAAAAGACUGCAUACGACUUCGAGGGCUUCCAUAUGAAGCCCAAGUGGAACAUAUAUUGGAUUUUUUGGGAGAACAUGCAAAGAAUAUCGUUUUCCAAGGUGUCCAUAUGGUCUACAAUGCACAGGGUCAGCCUUCUGGUGAAGCAUUCAUCCAGAUGGAUUUAGAGCAGAGUGCAUUCUUAUCAGCACAGCAGAAGCAUCAUCGCUACAUGAUCUUUGGGAAGAAGCAGCGCUACAUCGAAGUGUUUCAGUGUUCUGGCGAAGACAUGAACCUGGUGCUCACCGGUGGUAUACCAGCCGGCGCUGUGUCUCCUGCCAAGGCAGCUGCUCUGUUAUCUCCUGGUAUGUUGCCACCUCACCCACCCCCACCAAUUGGUAGUGCAGUUGCCACCCCCUUGCCACCUCCUACACCAGCCCUUUCAUGGGAGCCUGCCCAUGCAUUAGUGCAGGCUCAAGUUGCAGUUGCUCAGCAAGUGCAGGCACAUGCACUGGCACAACAAAAUCUAGCAAUCCGACAGUCACAGGCUCAGCAAGAAGGUCUCUGGUUCAUGAACCAGUUAGCUGUUGCCCAGCAGCACCAAGCUGCCAUGGCUGCUGCCCUUGUUGCAGCAACCUCUUCCAGUAACCCUGCAGCAAAGCAAAACUGGAAUGAGCUUAAUGGCAGUGCUACAACAGGUAUUGUGUCAUCUGGUCAGCCAACCAAUCCUACCGUAUCUGUCUCGUUAGCCAAGCCCACAUCCAAUGUAGUUAACGCUCAGUCACAGCUGGUUCCUCCACCCACAAACCCAACAGGUACAUCUGCCUAUGGACCACUGAUUCCUCACGCUGCUCCAUUUCCUGGCACGACUCAUCCUUCACAAGUUGCUGGUGCUCCUCCAGGACUGUAUUUGUUAAAUAUGCCACCUCGGCUUCCGCUAGGAAGCGCCCCUCUUUUACCUUCCCAAGCUUCGGCUGGACUCGGUGCCACAUCAAAUUUUCACCACAAGGGGCCUCCACCACAGUUACCUGCUGGAGCUUCAUUUUCCCCAGGAACUGCUCAUCCACCCCCUCCUCAUGGAAUACUUUCCCCCAUCAUACAGUCGCCUAUGACUGCAGCAGCAAUUAUGGGUUUGAAGCGUUCAUGGGAGCAUGCCUUCCCAGCAGAGAUGCAACCUUCAGGGGCAGUUAAGAGGCAGUGGCAGCCUCCACAUUCUACCACCACAACAUUCCAUCCCUCAGCAGGGUUGCCAACAGUUGCUUAUCAGACUCAAUUCUACCCUGCACUUUGAAGUGGUCUGUAGCAUUCCAUGGGUAUGUCCCAAUGACAACAUUCCUUUGACCUAAAAUAUUUGUAAAUAAUGUUGGCAAUAUUACUAUUAGUGUAGUUUCUUCCUAUAAGACACAUUUUACCCAGGCUGCUAACUCUGUAAGUAGACAUGCAUUCACAAAUGCUAUGGAUGGUCUCUAUGGCUGAGGGUAAUAGAUUCAGUUGUUAUGAAUCACACAGUACUUACAUUCCAAGCAAUCCUGAUGUAGACAGUAAUGCCUGAGGUUUGGUUGGAAAUACAGGCAACUUUCAUUUCACAUCUGAAUUUCUCAUCUAUAUACUGUAUUGGAAAUAUGGCCCGAACAUGGGUAACUUUAUUCGCUGACUCAUCAGAAUGCUCACGUACUAUGACCGUGAUGGCUCCCAAUGUUGAUAGUCACAAUUUAGUGUUGUUCUCUGUGUUGUAGGAGCUUGUCAUUAGGAAAUAAUACAGUCUUCUUGAAUGUUCAGACAGGUUUUGCUUCCUCAGUCUAAGUCUGAUAUUACAUUCCUUGAUUACUGGAAUUGAAAAUAUAGAAAGUUUUAUGGUGCUUUUGCCUUUCACCUGCUCAUUCAUUUUUGAAUUUCUACAAAGAUAUAUAUUUUCUGAAAAGAGUUUUGUCAGACCCAUAUCAGAAGAAUAGUUUUGUAUGUGCUUGUUUAACAUUGUAUAUUUUCAGGAUGUAAUUGGAAGCUCAUCAGUGAAGUAUAAGAGAGUACAUUUCUCAAAUAUUUGUGAAUUUGUAAUAGUCAAGUGCCUUUUUAGGAAUUAACAUGUGCCUUUGCUUUGAACUAACACUGUUACUCUGUGGCAUGUAGGUUGUGUUAGUUUGGCAAUUCUUUAAAGAUUUGCAGAUUAAAAUGAAGGCUUCUAUUUCACCUUUAUUCAAUACCUUCAGGUGACAAGGUUGUGGAUGUGAUACACGCUAACAUAUACCAAGCAUAUAUAGCUGAUUGUAUGGAACUGAGUUUCAUUUUGGAUUUCAGUUUUUAAGUGACAAAAUAUGACAUACAUUAGAUUCCACAAACUAUUUUCACUUUGUGUUUUAUUGCACAUGUAAGCUGAUAUUCAUUGUUGAUUUAUGAAAGAAAGCAAAUGGUAUAUGCAGAAGGGAAAAGUUUAAUUCCACAUGAUAUUAAUUUUGGGUUGUGAUUUCUGCAAGAGUGUAAAUGAAUUUUACAAGCUUUGAAAUAAUAUUGGCAGCUUUAUGAUGUUUGUUGAGAUUUGUCUUGUGCUUUUCACAUCAUCUUACUGUUGAAGUAAUUUGGUUUAACUCUUGAACCUUGACUAUGAAAUACAAAGUAAACUCUCAUGGGGUGGUAUUUGCUUUCUUUCAGAGUAGUUUAUCUUCCAUUAGAAUUAAGUAGAAAGCAUGUUUGAAUUAUGAUGAAGUGAUAUAUUGUCUGGGUUAGAGGUGUAUCCUGGCUAGGUAAACUCUUGCACCUAUAUCUGUUGUGCAACAAGAAAUCAAGUUAAUGAACUGCAUAAGAAUGUGUUGUGUUGUGAUGUAGAAUUUCUCCUUGUCUACACUUUGCUGUAACUUUUUAAAGUGAUCAAGUGCUGAAUGGAGAUGGGCUUGCUGUCAUUUUGUUUUCUCACAAAGUAAUGAUGCAAAAACAUUAGACUGAUGUGACAUGAUCAGGAUUUUAUACUCUUACUUCAUUUAACAAACCAGAGAUAUCCAUAAAAAUAAUUUUGUUACUUCCCUCAUGCAUACCCAAAUGUUGUUAUUUGUGUAAUUUGUGUGUAAAUUUGUUCCCAUUAUUUUAUGGAUGGCAAAUUGAAAGCCUCUUCUAAGGGCUAUCAAUCCAAAUUAUAUUUCUCUCUGAUAUACAUUGCUUCUCAUUACACCAUAAGUUUUCAGUUUAAUAAGUAUGACAUUGUACAAGACGUAUCAGUUUAUACUGUGUUAAGAUUUUGCAGGUAACCUUCAUGUUGCUUGUUGGCUUGAUGGAUGGAUACCCAUAGAAUAGGCUUUUGUGUAAGUUUGGAAGAAGGUGGUGCUGGGAAAAAUUUAAAAAAUUGUGUGUGUUCUAUAUUCCCUUCAUUUAUAAGACAGGGAGAUGGGUUAUAAAUUUUCUUUGGGCUGUUGAAUGAGUACUGGUUUAUAAUGAUAAUCUCACAAGGUUUGGUGGACACAAUAACAGAGCAACCAUAAUACCACCAUAUCUUAAGUGGUUGUACUCUCUUUACCACAACAAAUAUGUCAUAUUUUUGUUGACUGUGGCAGUCUUGUCUUUUGAAAUUAAAAGAGGAAAUGGGUAAAGUUCUUUUUGUGCUUAAGCACCAUGCCAUUGAGGCUUACAGGUGUAUGAAGGUAAAUCACCCAUCUUGCUUAACCUCCACAAUGGAUGGAGGCAUGUGACAAGCUUUAUGCUCUGGACACUUUAACCUCAUAGAAAAAUCCCCCAGUACCAAUUAGAAUAAGGUUUUUGCUCCCCAGAGUUUAUUUCUUUAGUGUUAUAGUUGUCAUUCAUUUAAAAAGUCAACAGCUGAGAUCCCAGUGCAGCCAAAUCAUAGUUAUGUUUAAGGAUAUUCAAAGAAAAUUAUUUAAUUUUGACUUAUAAGUCGCUACAGUGAUUUAUUUUUAUUAAUCCAUACAUCAGAGACAGGAUUUUUUAAUCCUUCCCCCAAAGUGCAACCAUUUUGAUUUCUUCAUAACAGCAGUUUGUCUUUUGUUAUUGUGAAUAUACCCAAAUCUUGUGUGAGUGUCAGUAAGUGUUUGUUGUGGGAUCAUGGGACCAAGCACGAACCAAGGUUUCAGGUCAUAAGAAACCCAUAUUAAAUACAUUUUUGCUAGCUCAGAAAUGCUUCAUUCAUGGUCUGGUAAACCAUAUUAUAACUGGUAUUUUUGUUGUUGAUAAAUAUAGCAAACUAUGUUAGUGGUAAGAAGAGCGAAAUUGUGAACAAAACAAAGUGGGAACUAACAAGUAGACUUUAUUUUUUGUUAUGUCUUGUUAGUCCUGCUUAUUAUCUCUCAUGUUUACAAGUAACAUUUUAUGUAUGUUAAUGCUUUCUUUUGAAAGUUCUUAAUUUUCAAACAAAAUUUGCACUCUAUAUUAGUUUUUCCUGUUUUUUUCCUCACUUAAUAGGAAUAUAUGAAGGUAAAUAUCUUUGAUUUUUAAGAAGUACAUUGUAGUUAUGUAAUUUCAAUAGUGCAUUUGUCAUAGGUUUUGUAACACAUUUUGUUCUCUUUUUGGCUUUCGCUAGAAGGUAGCUGUGGUAGGCUGUCUUCUUUAUGUGGGCUAUUCAGUUCAAAUUGCUGCUGUGUCAGACUAACAGCUAACCUCCAGAGUUGUGUUUGUUGUUGACUUGUUAUACUUGAAAGACCUCCUUGCUUUUCUAGCGAGAGUUAAAAAUCUCAAAAGACGGUAGUAAUGUAUUAUUUUUGUAUCAUGAUUUCAAGGAGUAAGAAAUAUGAUGAUUGAUUAAUAAACUCCAAUUUUUGUGAAAUUUGUUCACAGCUAA